ACCGAAGGCUAUAAUCAAAAAUUGAUAUUCGACCAACACUUUCGCUUGAUUUUCGACACCCACCUACCGCACACGACAAUGAGUUCCCUUCAGUUUCCUAUCAGCCGCCCCAGUCCUCCGGCGAUUCACCUCCGCCGCUCUUUCGGUACGGAUAUCCGACACCUGCGAGUGACCGCGUGCGCAAACGUGAGGGUUCAAGCGCCGGGUACUCUGCAGACAGGGGUGAGCAAGGAGGUGAUGGAGGCCGAGGGAAGGUUUCUGGUGGGCACCUAUGCCAGAGCGCCGGUGGUGUUCUCCAGAGGCAAAGGUUGUAAACUGUACGAUCCCGAUGGGCGAGAGUAUCUGGACUUGUCGUCUGGGAUCGCCGUCAACGCGCUAGGGCACGGAGACCCUGAUUGGGUGCGCGCCGUCACAGAGCAGGCUAGUACGCUCACCCAUGUUAGCAAUGUCUACUACUCAAUCCCUCAGGUGGAGCUUGCGAAAAGCCUCGUGGCUUCUUCGUUUGCCGAUCGUGUCUUCUUCACCAACUCUGGAACCGAAGCUAACGAAGCUGCUAUAAAAUUCGCGAGAAAGUUUCAAAGAUUUACGCACCCAGAUGAGAAACAGCCGGCAGCGGAGUUCAUUUCUUUCAGUAACUGCUUCCAUGGGAGAACUAUGGGGGCCCUUGCAUUGACAAGCAAAGAGAAUUACCGAUCACCCUUUGAGCCCGUCAUGCCCGGAGUUACUUUCUUGGAGUACGGGAAUAUAGAAUCUGCGACACAACUGAUUCAGGGCAGAAACAUUGCUGCUGUGUUUGUGGAACCUAUCCAGGGUGAAGGUGGCAUAUAUAGUGCGACAAAGGAGUUUUUGUAUUCCUUGCGUAGAGCUUGUGAUGAUUCCGGUUCUCUACUGGUUUUUGACGAGGUCCAAUGUGGCUUGGGUCGUACUGGUUAUCUUUGGGCGCAUGAAGCAUAUGGUAUAGUCCCAGAUAUAAUGACACUUGCCAAGCCUCUUGCUGGCGGCCUUCCGAUAGGAGCUGCUCUAGUGACUGAAAGAGUUGCCUCUGCCAUAAGUUAUGGAGAUCAUGGAAGCACUUUUGCAGGUGGACCACUUGUCUGCAAAGCUGCCCUUGCCGUUUUGGAGAAAAUAUCAAGACCUGAUUUUUUGGCAAGCGUCUCAGAGAAAGGUCAGCACUUUAAAGAACUGCUGAUUAAAAAGCUAGGAGGGAACUCUCAUGUGAGAGAUGUACGAGGUCUUGGUCUUAUCAUUGGGAUAGAACUGGAUGUAUCUGCUUCACCGCUUGUAGAUGCUUGUCGAAACUCAGGCCUUCUAGUAUUAACUGCGGGAAAAGGAAAUGUUAUUAGGCUUCUGCCACCAUUGAUCAUCUCAGAGCAGGAAUUGGACCAUGCAGCUGAGAUUCUACUUGGAUGUUUGCCAGCACUUGAUAAGGAUAACUGAAAUUAGAAAAUUAAUAUCAGUUAUCUAGUUGGAAGUGAGAUUUGUAAUAUGAACAUAGAUUAUCUAUCCUUCGAAUAAGAUAUUCUGAAGAAUUGAAAUCUUCUGCACUA